CCGGAAAUCACCGGUGCGUGCCAAACAGCAACUCGAUCUUAUGAAUUCAAAGAUUGUGGCUAUUUCAUCUCAGUCUGAUGGUAAAUAGUACAGGAAUUCUGUGGAAAUUUAUCAUCUUUACCUUCUGGAUGAUUGGGAUUUAAUGUAUUGGCCUAUAAUGAAGUGAUAACUACCACUUUGUUGGAGUUUAUGGUAUUCAGUGGGUAAGAAGAAAUUUAAUGAUUCUUCUGAAGAAUCAUUAAUAUUUAAACAUCCUGUGAAUAAACAUAACGAACAAAAUGACAGAGGCAUUACCUAGAGGUAAUUUCGGACCUGGACCCACAACUCUCCCUGUCAUCUCUUGGUUUGAAUUUCUGCUGAAUGACAAACUGCUUGAAAAUCAUCUACAGCUUGAAAAUCCAGAUCCGACACCUGUCCAGCUGAUUAUACAGUUCCUACAGCAGGCAGAGACACAACAGGUUGCCAACAAUAUACAGCAGACCAUUACACGGGAGACCUUGUUACCCCUCCAUCCCAUCCCCACCAACAAUGGACAGGGGCCAGACCAAAUCAAGACAGAGGAACCAGAAACAAAACCACAGAUAAAAGAAUUGAAGAAAGUCACUGCUUUAAAGUUACUGGCACUGAAAGUCACAGCUUACCUCAACUGGAAUCUGACAUUGCUGCUGAAGAGUGUGCCCCUGGUGAUGCUGCAUGCGCUGCUGAAUGAGCUGCUGAAGAUCACACUACACCUGGAUGUGGACGCAGUCAGUGGGAGGGUGAUGGAGUAUGAGGAGAUAUCUGACCAGGCAGUCUUUACAUUACAACUGUAUUACCGAUGGUGUCUACUUGCAGUUGUUAAGGACAGCUUUCCUACUCGUCCUGUUAGGUCUUUUCUACAAGUGCAAGGUCAACCAGAUCCUACAGCGGCCUUGGCAGCAGCUAAUGAAAACCUUUUACGGACACUAAAGGAGAGGACAGCUAUGUCUGUAGCUAACUUAGAAAAGUGUGUCCAUUGUGGGCGUACCAUCAAGAUGCCAACAGUCAGCAGUUUUCGAAUUCCUGACGAACACACAGAUGAGCCACAGUAUGACUGGGACGCAUCACUUCCCAUCGUGCCAGACGAGUAUAACUGUCAGAUCUUUUAUGAUAUAGGGAACUUCUACUUUUAUGAAAAGGGCUAUAGUCAUGCAUAUGUAAUGUUUAAGAGAUGUACAGAAUUAUUUGACCAUUUAAAGUCACCUGUGUACUGUAAUAUAGACGAGGCGAGACUGAGAGGCUACAUGACAGGCUGCCAUAGUCUGAGGAGUGUGAGUGAGAACCAGGAAGUCAAACCAGACAGUCUGUAUGAACAGGCUGAAAACAGCAAGAAAAGCCAGUACACGGAUAUAGUGGAGAUACUACUGGCAGACAACAUGAAGCAGGAGUUGAGCACGUCAUAUCGUAGUGAUCUGGAGGCGGACAUCGCCGACAAGGGUGAAAGCUACAGUCACCUGUAUGUCCAGGUAGGGAUUUGUAAUGUGGUGCGGGGGGUAAUGGAAGGCAAGGCUCUCGUCUCUCUACUUGCCGAUGUUCUGGAGGAAGCAGAUGAGAACACUGUUGAUUUCUUACUCAUGGUGAUAACAAAGGCUUUGAGUGGUGCUUCCUAUACACAGAAAAACAACCUGAAAUGUUUUAUCUGGCAUCUUAUGGACCUGUCACCUGCAGGGUCAAAGUUUAACACCAUGGUGAUGAAGGAGCCGUUGUCGGACAACUUUACGAAACAAGAGUUGUCAGAGAUGGCGCUACUGGCGGAUGAAGAUGGCAGUAAUGGUUACGGUCAAAUGAUUGACGAUGAUGUCACAACCACCUGUUCAAGUUAUCCGGGAAGUCGAGGUGUUUCUUUCUUAUCAGAGGGGACCGAUUCAUCGGUGAGUUUAGGAAAUGCAGAACACCAGCUGAUGUAUAUUUAUGAUCCAGACAUCAUGCGCCGCCUCAUCGUGGAACUCUGUCAGAAGUAUAACCGGUCGCCAGCAUACAUCAUGUCCUUGAAUGAGAAGUGGAAGGUCCCACGUGACAUGCAUCACAUCAUUAUGAAUCUUAAGCCCAGUGAAGACCAGGCUUACGUUUAUCUUCUCAUUGGGAAGGCUAAUCAUUGCAUGGAUGUCCGUAUCUACGAGCGAGCAAGACAGCUGCUUUAUGUUGCAGACCGUGUGGUGGCAGAAAUGUCUUAUACACUGUCCAAGCAUGUCCGCUGGCACAUCCUUCUGGCAGAUCUUCAACAGUACUUCCUGUCGGAGACUCUAGCUGACCAAACCUCACUACAAGACCUGGUCAAGAAAACCAAAACAUGUAUCACUUGUGUACGACUUGGUCAGGACGUACAACCGAGUCGGUUUGUCCUGGAACAUUGUGCAGCCUUCCUACUCAACAUCCGUGACUGGAACUACUUAGCCAACAUGGAUAACUCCGGCUCGGGUCAUAUCGAGCUAUGUCGGCUGUUUUCCUGUGUAUGUAAAGAACUGCCGUCCAUUAAAAAUGCCAGAAAACCAGGGAGAGAUUUGUGGGAAGCUUUGAGAUAUAUAUUCACCACAAGUACCCAACAAAACCGAGGGAACAGUGCGGCUAGGAACAGUGCUAUUCACAGGGAGCCCAACUACGCCUGUGUUACCAAGGACGCUUUCAUAGAAUUCCUCAAAAAGAUCAAGGAGCCAAGCAUUCUCUCUUUGCUGAUAUCCGUGAUAACCAAGUACUACAACAUACUGAGGGAUGAUAUAUCUUGUGAAAUUUCUAGUGACUAUAUAGCCUUGUGGCCUACAACAUUGAGCAAUUCCUCGUUGGUGAAUGGUGAUGCUGUGGAGGAGGCCUUGUCAGUACUGAUGCAGCAUGUUCUCCGUGUGAACCCUGCCCAACCUUCCUGGCUCCGUACACAGGCUGACAUACACUUUGCCAACAACCAAUUCUCUCCUGCCAUGAAGUAUUUUAUGGAGGCUGGAGUGGUGGCAUCAGACUUCUUCUCCAGUGCUGUACCUAAGAGUAUCUAUGAUGACCAGGUAUACAGGAGAAUGGUGAAGUGUUGUUCCUAUCUUCAGUGUCAUACCCAGGUGGCAGUACUGUGUCAGUUCCUGGAUGAGGUUGACUACACCACAGCUUUUAAAGGCCUCCAGGAAAAGAAUGUGUAUGAUGCAAUGGACUCGUACUACCCCUGUGUCUGGGAUGUCAGCAUGCUUGAAUUUCUUGUCCAUCUACACACAAGAAGAGGAGAAGUGGAGAAGAGGCAGGCAGCAAUGAAGGCACUCAGCCAGAUUGACCUGAACAGCAACAACCCAGAGGAUAUUGUACAGAGAGCUGUACAGAUGAGGAAACGGAAGUUCCUUCGCUCUCUAGCCAAACAGUACCUCUGAUGUUAGCCACAACUAGCAAGACUCCAGUUACCAAACAAUACAUAAACUCCUACAAUCUAAUGACAAGAAGCAGCAAACGUUUAGAGAUAUUGUCACUGUACUAGUAAACCCAUUUCUGUUUCAUCAUUAUGCAUACAUGUGUAAUUGUAGUCAGCUAAUUUAUGUUUAUUUAUUUGGUUUCUCCAAAUUUCCUGUUGAUGGCAUCAAUGAUGGAGAAGCAUGUGCUUGUCCUGUUGGUCAACCUCUGCAACACCUGGGUAACUUUAGUAUUUAGCUACCUGUGUACUAUGCUGCUGCCUAACAGGUCUCCGAGAUUAUAGAUCUGUUUAGUUUUAGGUGUACAUGUUCUACACCAGUGUAUAUCAACAUUAGUGCUGCUGCCGGUGAUAUGGUAGGUUACCAGAAUAAAAAAAUAUUUUCAUUUCACUAUGAAAACUAUGAAUGACCUAUCAUUCUAAGUUUCAGAUUUUGGUUAGACUUAACAGUUCAAACUGAGGUGGACCAUAUGUAAUAUUUUCUAACUCAUUGUAUGAAAGCAGUGUCUGAACUCAGACAUGCCAGUUGGUCAUAAGUUUUGAGUAAGGUCAGACCCUGUUUUAAUCACAUAUGCCUGGCCAUGACAUGAAACCAGAAAAUCAAAUAACAUUUGGCAUAUUUCAGUUGCUUUUGAUGUCAGUUCUGAGACAUACAGUGGUUCAUCAUUAAAUCAAAUGUGGAUCAGAAAGUAAUUUUCUUGAAAGUUUUCCUGGGUUUGGUUGUACAUGUGUAUCUAUAUACAAACACCAAACAGAAGCCAAAUUGGUUGUCUGAUUAAUUUGAUUUAUUUUAUUGAGUUCAAGUUGCAAAUCUGACUGAUUACUUGUGUAAAAAUCUCAAAUGAUGUUUUACAUGUGGCCGCCAUGUGACUUGAAAAGUUAAUUGUCUUUAAUGAUACCGAGAACACAGUCGAUGAUGGAAAUUGACUUGUUUUCUGUUCCAUUAAUCUGGAAUAUUAGUAGUUUAUAUAUUUACAUUAGUAAAUAUCAUUUUUAGCUCACCUGGCCCCCAAACACUUCUGCUGUGGUGUGGCAUCCAUCAAAAUCCAAAAGGCCCGGAAACCUUAUAUUUGGCUGGUAGGUUUCUGGGAUGGAACUCAAAAACAUUUGUAAAAGAAAUUACCUUGACUCAUAUUCAAGGGAUUCAAUUUGUUUAAAAAAUGAAUUCUUCUGAUUAAUUAAAAGGCCUUGAAUCAAGAUAUUAGGUUGGUAUGUUACAGGGAUAGAGCCUGAUCAAAGUUUGCAAGAGGAAAUGAUCUCGACCUAUAUUCAAGGUCACAGGGGUCAAAUUUGUUAAAACAUUCAAACAGCUUUUGCUGAUUUACUAAAAAUCCAUGAAUCAAGAUAUGAUAUAUUCCUUGAACAGAGUGUGACAAAGACUGCAAAAGUAAAUGGCCUUAACCCAUAUAAAGGGUCACUGGGAUGAACUUACGUAGUUAAAACACUCAGAUGAACUCUUCUCAAUAACUUAAAGGCAUUAAAUCAAGAUAUUUGCUGCUGUGUUCUUGAACUGAUGUCCAACAUUUGCAAAACGAAAUUAUCUUUACUUAUAUUCAAGGUCACAGAGGUCUAAUUUGUUUAAACAAUCAAAUUACUUUGUCUGGUUAACUGAAAUGCCUAGAAUCAAGAUAUAUGGCUAAUUGGUUCUUGGGAUGAUGCCCAACAAAAUUUGCCAAAAUAAUUGACCUUGACCCUUAUUCAGACCCAGAUUGAGGAUGCAAGCCCACUGGGAACACUUGCUCCUUUAGCAAGUUUUCAUUGUUUUACGCAAUAUGUUAAUAGAACUUUUAUUGUACUAUACACAUGAUAUUAAACGUUAUGACUGACAACUUUGUGUGAUCUGAUGUGCUUUGACAGUAUCUGUAUAUGAAAUGAAACAUUUUUUUCCAAACAAAAAGUGCUCAGUGACACAGUUAUUUUUUGUCACAUCAGUAACAUAAUGUUGCAAAAGUUGUUACUUUAUUAGUGAUGACGUCAUUAUUUCACUUUAAAGUUAUGUGUGUGUAUCUGUUAUUCAAAAUGUUUGUCUUGCUAAACCAAACUAUGUACAUAGGUCAUAUUGGAUGGAGAAUAAGCUACAUGCAGCAUGAUCUACUGUACAUGUAGCAGAAAUAACAAUUAUAGUGACAAAUUAAAAUAGACAUAAAAGUGAUAUUGCAGUUCCAAAUGUUUGUAAAAUACUUUUGAAACAUUUGCCUUGUACUAGCGGUAACAUGGGUAAAUCAUAUAUAUACAUUGUACACAGUCAAAACACAAGUGUACAGACAUGCAUCGUGGUAGGAAGCAAUUAUGAGGAAUAUUGAUGCAUAUCUGUGUACUAAAUCAUUUUUUAAAAUGUGUGCUACAUUAUACUGCAUAGUGUUCAUCCAAUUACUGUGUAAGUCAUGAACAAAAUCAUCACUUUUUACCAGUAUGACGAUACUUGUUAAGUUUGAAGGGACCUUCAUUUUGUUAUUUUUGAUAUUUCCUUCAAAGGAAAUAAGAAGGUGAAAAUAUGAAUGAUCUGGUGAUUGUCUUUGUAUAUUUUUGUAUUUUUUUUCUCAGUAAAAAAUUAAAAAAAUAUUUUUUUCAAUAUCUGCCUUGGUUAUUUGAUCAUUAUCUCAUGUGACAAUUGGAAACGAUACUAACUAAAGUUGCAAAUGUUUUUGUCAGGAUUGAAACUACCUUGCAGAAAAAUUAAAUUAAAUUAAAUAAACAUGUCAGAAGA